AUGGAAGAAUCGCAACGACCAGAGACCAUGCGCGCUCCUCAUUCCGACUCUAACGAUCCCAAUAAAGAUAACUCUGACGUCUCUUUGGAACGGGUGGGAAAGGAAGACGUCAUGAUCUCGAUGUCUCUCUCUCCCGAACCAUUGGCACCUUCCCGGACCCGAUCCCCUUUGGCCCGAUCGCACCUGCGCUCUCGGUCACUGGUGGGAAUCCCCGGCAUGCCAUCCAUGACGCGCGCAUAUUCCUCCCCAGGGCUGGACUCUCGGGGAAGAUAUAUCUUCGUCAACGGCCGCGGGAUGCCCACCUCAUCUGUCGAUGCAAAGCGCGUGCCCCUGCAGACGCGCAUGGACGAUCACAUCGAGACCCGGCUGGGUUCGCUUAACAUCUCCGAGACCAUCUCUGAAAAUGCCGAGCUGGAGACGGUGCCCAAAUCCCCCUCACAGUCGGGCAACUCCCCCGUCCUGAUGCCGCAGACUUUCCCCCGCAUCGGUCGCAUGCGCUCAACUUCCCCUCUUCAUUUUCAAAAUCCCAUCAACAGCCCGCCCGCCAUCCAUACCUCCCCCACCCUCACCGGAAAAUACAACGAAUCAUAUCCCGGCCUUUCCGCUUCCUCCUCUUCGUCCGUCCCGUCAACCCCGACCAGCCUUCGCUCUCGCAGUCCCAGCAUUUCUUCUCUGGAAACUAUCCCUGAUAUUCCCGACGCUGAGGCUGAAGCCCUGGAAGAGGAUCGGAUCGCGGAGCUCAAGGCUGCGGCCGAUGCGGAUGAUGCCGCGAGCAACAACACCUUGAACCGACGACGUGGUAUUCCCGACACAGCUAGCUCGUCUAACUCGUUCAAUACCCCCCGCGGUGGUCGCAAGCGAUGGAGUGUCUGUGGCGCAGAGCGCCGGCAAGAUCUCAACCUCGAGACUAUUUGGGAAGAUUAA